GCGGAUGGCAGGGGAUGUCACCUACGCCGCCGUGGCGAUGCUGCCGAGGGAAAGGCCACGCGCCCCUCCAGCGACAUCAAACCCAGGAAACACGAUCACAUACGCUGAGCUGCACGUGAAGCCCCAGCCCCAAGGGAACAGCAGAGCAGAGACUUCCGCCGCUGGCUGCCAGCACAGGUGCUCAGCCUGGUUCUACGUGGCGCUGGUCCUGGCAGUCCUUGUGCUCAUCCUACUGGGAGUCGUGGCCAUACAAGCCAGGCAAUUUUCGAAGGCCAGAGCAGGAAAAUCAGAAAGUUUGCCCCAGCAUGGUCUGAACAACACCAGCAGUGACAUUUCUUCAGAGAGGACCAUCUCAGCAGCGUUCCAGAAAUGGCUCAUGGAGGAGCUGUGUGAAGAUGGACAGGGCACAACAUGUGAGCUGUGUCCCCCCGGGUGGCAGCUGCACAGGGGCAGAUGUUACUUCUUCUCCGAGGAGGCCAGGAGCUGGGAGGACAGCCAGAAAAACUGCCUGGCCAGGAAAUCCCAGCUGCUUGUCAUUGAGGAUGAAAUUGAGAUGGAAUUUAUAGACAACAAAGACAAAGAUACCAAAUAUAUCUGGAUUGGCUUGGACAGCGAAGACAUGGAGAAAACAUGGAGUUCAGUGGGAGAUCACAGAGUUAAAGAAAUGAGGACAGCUCUAAAAAGCAUCACGGCUGACAAGAACUGUGCUGUUUACAGAAGGAAAAACGUGAUCCAGGCAGAUAACUGCCAGACGUUAAAGGAGUGGAUCUGCAAGAAGAACGCAACUUUGCUGGUGCUCUGA